AUGACUGGUCGCAAAACUGCUUCUGUCCACUCGGGCUCCCGUGCCCAGAAUACUCGCGGAACUCGUGCAGCUCCUACUGAAAACCCUACGGCUGCCACUGAAGGUAAUCUGUCAAAUCCUGACCUAGGCAACCCAUCUCUCCCGGACGUCCGCACCCAGCAAUCUUUUGCCUACGGCUCCACCAAGACCCCUGCGCUUCCUCGCCAGCUUGAAGUUGAUCCUUCUAUGGGAUUGUCCGAGAUGAUCGACACCCUUGAUGAUGGCUUGCGUCAAGCUCAAGACCGCGAACUUGCUCGUGUUGAUGUUGAAGACCCAACUCACCCCGUUCCCGAAAGACGCCAAACCCGGUCAAUGAGUGCAUCUGUCCGGUCCAGCAUAUCUCCAGCCCCUGGACCUGUUUCCCGUAGAGCUUCAUCUCGCAACGCCACAACGCGCAGCAGAGCAGGUCCCCGUAGAGCUGUCUCACGGCAGACAACGCCGGAAGAGCAACUUCUUGAAACUCUCCGUGAAGUAUCUGAAGAAACCGAAGGAGUCAAACGCGAAGAAGACCCAUCAGUCUCCGUUCUGCAUGAUACCCCGUCUUUUAACGGCUCCGCUAGUGUCAGCUGGACCACUGAGCGUGCCAUCCAUGGUAUCUUGCCACGAGAAACCAAUGCCGGAACUCGCCCAAACUACUACCUUCACGAUCCAUACGGUUCCCGACCUUCCAGCUCUCAGGAACCCAGCGGUCUUAGAUUACCUCCGACUCGCCGCCCUAUAUUUGAAGAGGCAUUCCGUGCGAACCCUCCUCUUCCAGGUCCUAUCGACGUUCCAAACGUUUCGACAUCUGCAGCUGCUAGAAGGACGCUCCCACCUGUUCCAGCAUUCAACCAGCUACGUAACAAGUCUGCUUCGAAAUCAUCCGCUUCUUCUGCGUUUUCUGCUUCAAUCCACACCCCGGGCUCCUCCACACACUCCUCUCCCGUCCUCGUCGCCGCUACCCCUGCUGGGGUCCGUGUCACCUCCAAGCAACGUCUCUCAGGAAUCGCGAAAACUCCAAGUGCCCUGCUCGUCACUAUCGGUCUUAUCCUCAUGACAGUACUCACUUAUUUCUGCAGAGAUCAUGCCUGCAUGUUUCCACAAAGUCUACAAAACACGAUGUCUCACUACUUAUGCAGUCCCGCGUCCACAUUCGCAACAGAUAACUCAACUUCCAUGUACUCGGAGGCAUUCCACAAGUUGUCUUCUCGUCUCGACCAACGACUGUCAGACAUGGCCAAGGAAGUCGCCAUUCUGAAAAACGAAUGGAACAGAAGACUGCCACAUCUCAAGGAAGCGCUAAGCGGAUCCCCAGCAGCGGCGAUAAACCCUCUAAAGCCGCCAAAAGUCAAUUACGCAUCGAUUGGCAUGGGUGCAGUGGUUGAUCCGUACCUGACGAGUCCAACGAUGGCAACAUCGGCUGGGCUCGUUAGUCGGAUCGGCCAAUACCUCGCCAAGGUGCCCCGCGGCUCCCCGCCUGUAGCCGCACUCCAACCGUGGGACGGUGUCGGAGAAUGCUGGUGCGCUGCCACGCGAUCUAAUGCUUCUCAGUUGACCAUCCUUCUGGGACGAGCAAUCGUCCCUGAAGAGGUGGUCAUUGAGCACAUCCCCAAGGGUGCAACGUUGGAUCCUGGCAGCGCACCGCGGGAGAUGGAACUGUGGGUCCAGUACAUGGCCCGUCCGCCCACCGCAGCAGCAGCCUACCCCCAAGGCUCCGGCUCGUCAAACCCCUCCCCGCCCCCUUCGUCAGCGUCUUCUCCCCACGCACCAUCCCCCUUUCCCCCUUCCUCUGCACCAAGCCAACCCCUCCCACCACCGCCUGCUACUCCCCAUCUCCGAAACCCCCCGUUCUCCCACCUCCGCCCCUCCUAUUACCCCCAUCAUCUCCUCCCUUCCUGGUUACGGGACGCCAUCCUCACCACCCUCCGGCAGGUGUAUCCGAACGAGCCGACCACGGCUUAUUCGGACGACGCGCUCCUCGGCCCCUCCUUCUUCCGCGUCGGCCGGUGGCAAUACAACAUCCAUGGCGGACACCACAUCCAGCGUUUCGACCUGGAUGCUGUCAUUGACAUGCCGGCCGUACGCGUGGAGAAGGUUGUGUUCCGCGUUAAGUCAAACUGGGGCGCGGCGCAUACAUGUCUCUAUCGUAUAUAUAGAAGGGCUCUUGGUGUUGAGUAG